GAAAACUGUGAUGAAUCUCAGCUGGGCCACACUUUGGAAGGUAACAGUGUGGUUAGAAUGAAAACAAAACAGACAGAAAUCAGAUGAGUUUGGGUACAAAUCAUUAGUACUAAGAACAGAACACAAAGUGUGAUUAAGUAAAGGGAAAGUUAAAAAUGUCAUUUUUUGUCUGAUGAAGAGACUACUUGAGUCGAUGCAAAUAGGAUGAAGUCCAAUGAAAGGAAUGCGACCUUACUGGCCAUCAAGGAAAACAUUGAGAUGGAAUUAUUUUCAUCAAAUGAAUCCCCUACGGUGAUGAUAACUCAUGAGAUGGAGGAAGAACACUGCUUUUAUCAGAAAUACCUGGAACGACCUCUGGUUUACAGUUGUGAGGAAAACCCACAGCCAGAGGCUCAGAUCCGGCACGACAAGGAAAGAACCGGGCAAUGCUUCCCACCCUCCUCAUUCAUGGAGGACACAGAGAUAGAAAUGGAGGUGUUUUCUCUCCACAAAAGCUCAGAGGGCAGGACUCCGUCUUUAAAUAAAGAAAGCCGAGUCAGAUGGAAGAGUUUGACUCCACAGAAGACGGGGCUCGUGGUCAAAGAUGUGCUCUGUUUAUCAAGAGGUCACUACAAUGAUGAAAUCAUAAGCAAUAUAGCACCACAAGGUAAAGAGCGAGAAGCUCUCUCCGCCAUGGGAAUGAUUGCUCGGAUCACCAUAGACUGUGAGUGGUCACCCAAUCAGUUGGAGAGUCGGCUGGUGGCACUAUUCAGAGAACGAGUUGCCAAACAGACCGGACAAAAGUUUUCUUUCACUUAUUUACAGUGCAUACAGGGCUGUCGGGUUCUGUUUGUACCACGCACCCCUGCAGAAGGAUGGACCGGGAUGGAGGUGCUCAGGAUCUCAGGGAACGGUGCUCUAUACAUCCUAAGCCACCACGACCACCCGCAAGUGACAGGCGAGACAGCUGUGGUUGACAGGAAACAAUUAUGUCUGGAGGCAAAUACAGAGAAAGACCAAGAUGGAGACAGGAAGAACCAACCAGAUAUUGAUGAUAACUCAGAAAAAGCCCUUGCUCAAGGAUGCAUGGAUGUUAAUAAAGGACCUGACACAUCAUAAUGUGGGGAUGAAUUACUGUUCCAAUUGUUAAUAAUGCCAAGAAGAUGGGGGGACGGAUUAUUAAAAUUCUUUGAAGGAUUCCCGUCUAAAGGGAUGUACUGUAUUUACUUGUCAUGUUAGUGUCAGUGUCAAAAGGAACCAUGCAAAAGUCCUUAGUCUCAAUUAUGAUGAUUCUGCCCUUGAAUUGGUGAUUUUUGUGCUGUUCGCGUACUGUACAUUUUUAAAUCCAAUCUAAUAGAUGAUUGGUUUCAAUCAACAAGCUGAUUUAAAAAGUGUGUGAUUUAUUGAAAUGUUUUAAAUGCAUUCUUUUUUUACUGAAAAGUGUU